AUGAGCUCCUUCCUCGCUUUUGGCAAGGAUUACGUCACUUCGAAUUACGAGAAGGCUGGCGAUCCUGUGUAUCUUCACAUUCAGCAGACGAAGAAGCCGAUUCCUGAGAUAUGGAUAUUUGAUAUCCAUAUUCCAUUGGAUAUACAAAGAAUUUGGAAAAGGAAUUUGGGCAGAGAUGACAGGUGCAUCUCUGACCAUGGAAAGGAGGCCAGAUUUCCAUUUCUGGAUGAGGAUGUAAUUAAAUCUCUGCUGGAACUUCCCUUGUGGGAGAUUGCUGAACUCGACAAACCUGCAGGAAGAGGUGAUAAAAAAAUUGAGGGAGUAAAAUUGCUUGGCGUUGAAGGAGCAUCUCUUCUACCCAGAAGAGCCAUUCAGUUCAGUUCAAGAAUUGCUAGAGAAUCGAACCGAAAGACUUUUGGAAGCAAUCGUGCAACAAAUCAAGCAUCAGUUAGGAGUGUUGAAAUUUGGGAGAAAUAG